GUUGAAAGGUGACGCUUAUAGCGCUGACGUCGCUCUAAUAGGAAACAUGGCCGUGGAAGGAGUGUGUGCGAGGUUUCGGUCCAGUUUUAAUAGACUGGGUGUCACUGGACCUAAAAACAAAGCGCAAAGUCUUUUCGUGUUCCUUUUGGUGCUUUUAGGCACGUUGCAUACUGCAUUGGCCGAUGGAAAGACGCUAGUUCUGCUGGAUAACCUGAACAUCAAAGACACCCAUUCAAUUUUCUUCCGCAGUUUAACCGAUCGUGGAUUCGACUUGACAUUCAAGACUGCUGACGAUCCUGGUCUCUCGCUAAUCAAAUACGGCCAGUUCCUAUAUGAUCACCUUAUCCUUUUCUCUCCGUCCGUGGAAGAUUUCGGGGGCAACAUCAACGUCGAAACUAUCACGGCUUUCAUUGAUGGAGGGGGAAACGUCCUUGUUGCUGCCAGUUCCGAUAUCGGCGACCCACUCAGAGAGCUCGGCAGCGAGUGUGGGAUCGAGUUUGAUGAGGAGAAAACGGCAGUGAUUGACCACCACAACUAUGACGUGUUGGAUCCGGGCGAGCACACUCUGAUUGUUGCAGACCCAGAGAACCUGCUGAAGGCUCCCACUAUUGUUGGCAAGCCAACAGAAAAGCCCAUUCUCUUUAAGGGCGUUGGUAUGGUGGCUGACCCUGAUAACCCCCUGGUGCUGGACAUCCUGACUGGUUCCUCAACUUCUUACUCCUUUUUCCCUGACCGGCCCAUCACACAGUACCCCCAUGCAGUGGGGAAGAACACGCUGCUGAUCGCUGGUCUCCAGGCCAGGAACAAUGCAAGGGUGGUCUUCAGUGGAUCUCUGCAUUUCUUCAGUGACGCCUUCUUUAACUCCCCUGUCCAGAAGGCCACACCCGGUUCCCAGAGGCACGAGCAGACGGGCAACAAGGAGCUGGCCGAGGCGCUCUCUCGCUGGGCGUUCAAGGAGGAAGGAGUUCUCCGCGUCGGGGCCGUCACCCAUCACCCGGUCGGGGAGAGCACGCCCCCUGCUGCCUACACCAUCACCGACCUCGUGGAGUACAGCAUCGUAAUCGAGCAGCUGUCGGAGGGCCAAUGGGUCCCCUUCGACGGAGACGACAUCCAGCUGGAGUUUGUCAGGAUUGACCCGUUCGUCCGCACUUACCUCAAGAAGAACGGGGGGAAGUACAGCGUUCAGUUUAAGCUGCCUGAUGUGUAUGGAGUGUUCCAGUUCAAGGUGGACUACAACAGACUAGGGUACACACACCUGUACUCUUCUACCCAGGUGUCUGUGCGUCCUUUGCAGCACACGCAGUAUGAGCGCUUCAUCCCCUCUGCAUACCCGUACUACGCCAGCGUGUUCUCCAUGAUGGGCGGCCUCUUCAUCUUCAGCAUAGUCUUCCUCCACAUGAAGGAGAAGGAGAAGGCCGAGUAGGGGGGGAGGGGAAGGGGUGGCAGAGUAGGCCGAAGAAAUGAUGGGGGAGAGCAGCAGAUGGUCCUGGAGUGAUGGAUGUGGUUGGAGGGCGAGUGGGGGACAAAGGAUGUGUGGAAGACUUAAAAGGAGAGAUUCUGCUGGCGGUAAAGGGGAACAGAAAGAAACAAAUUCACUUGUUCUAACAAAUGGCUUGAUUUUGGGUGUGGUAGAGGAAGAAUAGGGAGGGGGUAUUUAAAUCAUUUCCUUCUUUUUGAUUCAGUUUGAAAUGUCAGUUAACUUAAAGCCAAGGCCUGAGGAAAUUGGGGGGGGAAAUGCACUGUUAUUUUUUUAUCAUCUUUCUGUGGUGAUUUGGUGAUCUUUUUAACAAGGUCAGGGUGUAUCAUGUUUGCUGUCAUGUCAAGAUUGUUUUGUUUUUUUAAUGCCCUUAUUUUUUACCCAGAAAAAUACACAAUAAAAUGUUGACAUUCCCCUCCACCCAAAGAA